AAACCCACUCGGUAUUACUUCAGGGUUCCCUCACGGAACGGAACAAUCGCCACAGAGAAAAGAACCCCGACCAAACAAAAAAAGCCCUAGAAAAGAUUUUGGAGAACCAAUUUCUCAUUUCACAAAAUCUCAACCUCUUCUUUUAUUAUUUCUUUUGGAUAAAACGUUUGCUCAUACUGAAUUUUCUUUUCUCUUGUUUUGCUUUCUUUUCGACAUUUUUUCUGCUUCGGUGUUUUCAGGAAGAAAGGGACAAGAGUAAUACAGGAGAGUGCAUUCCUUUCGGUUCUUCGCUUCGGGACUCUAAUCUUCGAUGCCUCUCUGUUUUUUCUUCUCUUUUCUCAAAUUAGGGUUUCCGUAAGCGUGCCUCUUUCUCGAUUAUCACCAAACUAUCGUCAUUCUGAGUUGAGGGGGGUGAUUUGUAUUUUGGAAUAAUGUCGCCAAAAUAUCAGACUCCGCCAAAAUAUCAGACUCUGGACAAUCGACCAAUUAAUCAGUGGAAGGUUACGGAGCUGAGAGAGGAGCUGAGGAGGAGGAGGUUAAACACCAAAGGUCUGAAGGAUGAUUUGGUAAAGCGGUUGGAUGAAUGUCUUCGUCUUGAAAGGGAGGGUGAGCAGGAUUCUGAGAAGGAGGAGGCCAAUGGUUUUGAUGAUGGUCAUGUAGACGGGGAAAAAGGUUCUGCGGCUGUUACUAUGGAUGCUGAAGUCGUUGACGCAACUGACAAGGAAAGUACCCAAACAUUUGAGACUGCUGAAAAGGGGAAGAGUGAUGUAGUUGAACCGAUCGAAACAGAAAAUGAGGAAAUGUUUCCGGGGGUUGUGGAUGAAGACAACAAUAAGAAUGACAAGCAGGAUGGUAUUACUGGCCAAGUUGACAUUAAUAACAGUGUGUCAACCAUGGAUGAAGAAGUUGAACACGAGGGCUUUCCCUCCGGUGUAUAUUCUGGAAAUGUGGUAGAGGAGGUGGCUAGUACUCAUGCUUCGGCUGUAGAGACGACAAUUACAGUUACUGAAAGUGUAGUAACAGGUGUGGUAGUCAGUGGUGAGGAUUCAUACUGUGCAGAAAAGAACAAUGAGUUUUCUGCAGCAAAGCUAGAGAAUGAGGAGUCAAAGGCGCAGCUGGAUGGUGAGGAUACAAAGCCCCAACUGGAUUCUGAGACAAAGCCCCUGCACGAGGAUAUUGUGCCCGACUCUUCUGUUCCCGAAAACCAGGUAUCUGAGGUCAACCCUAGUUUAGGGUCUCAAGUAAAAUCUGAUUCUAUUUCUACUGAUUCUGUGUCAAUUAAUCAAAAGAAUGAACUAAAGGAUACUAUAAUUACUGAUAAUGUCAAAUUAGAACAAGAUAUUGUUAAGCCGGAGAUGGUGGAAGAACCAUCAUCCAGAAAUGAUGUACCUGUUUCUUAUGAUGUACCUGUUGGAGGGCGGCAUGAGAAAAAGACAUCUGUUGAAGAAAAUAUCAAUAAUGUUUCAAGUCCAGACUUGAAUAAGACCAAUAGCAGUGAUGAUGUGGGGUAUCCAGAAAAGUUGAAUUUAGACAGAAGUUCUGGUGAUGAUUCCAUGGAAGAGGAUUUGCCUGAGACUAAGCAAAUUGAUUCUAAGUUUAAUGUUGAUGAACUUAGAAAGAAAGUGGAGAGUAUUGAAGAGCCUAUUGUGAAGGAGGAAAGUAGGACUAUAGCUGUGGGAGAUGGUGUAUCUGGAGGAAAAACUGAUACCCACCAAGAUAUUGACAUUAGUCCCGUUGCCCCAACUGAGAAACGAAAAUUCCAUGAACAAACAUCGGUUGGGAACAAUGAGCCUGCAAAAAGGCAACGCAGGUGGAACACUGAAACAGUUAAAGGUCCAGAUUCACAAAGCACUACUCCCAGGCCUGCUACUACACCUAGAGAAGAGCCAAUUGCUCUGAAACGCAACCUCUCUAGGUCUGAUUCCUCUGCUACUGAUGACACACCUAAAGAGCGCAUUGUUCCACCAUCACCAAGGUCCCCAACUAAUUCCCUCAGGAUUGAUCGAUUCCUCCGUCCAUUUACUCUGAAAGCUGUACAAGAACUUCUUGGUAAGACUGGGAAUGUUAGCAGUUUCUGGAUGGACCAGAUAAAGACCCAUUGCUAUGUUACUUACUCAUCUGUUGAAGAAGCCAUGGAGACACGGAAUGCUGUGUAUAAUUUGCAAUGGCCACCAAAUGGUGGGCGUCUCUUAGUUGCUGAGUAUGUUGAUCCGGAAGAAGUGAAAAUGAAGUUAGAACCUCCUGUACAGACUGCCCCCAUCAGCACUGCUCCAGUAGUUCCGCCUGUGGUCCCCACAUCACAGCCAGAGCCUUCCCCUCGGCUGCACAGGGAGCAGCAUUCAGUUCCAACUAUGCUCCCACCUCCACCACCAUUGUCAAAAAACCCACCAGUAGCAAGAGAUCGACUUCCAUCACCACCACCUCUUCCAGAGAAAGUUGACCCACCUAUUGUCACUCUUGAUGAUCUCUUCCGCAAAACCAUAUCAACUCCUCGGAUCUACUACUUGCCUUUGUCCGAAGAGCAAGUUGCUGCAAAACUUGCUGCACAGGGUAAAAGUGUGAGGAAGUAGGCCAAUUAACCUGCAAUUCUUCCCCGGAAGCUUUUACUGAUUUGGUUUUAUUUUUCAUCGUGCUAGUUAGUGGUAUGAAUUUAUUGUGAAUGCGGCAGAUCUGGUGCUGUUUUGUCUCGGGAAGAAAUUGUAGUUGCCAAUGCAUAUUGAGACUUAAAUUUGUUUAGUUUUAGAACGUUGUGAACUAAGAGCUACGGGGGUUUGAUAGAUUUUCCCCACUGUUUGAACUAGGCUAAGCGAACCGUUACCUGAAACUACUUCAACUUUUAUGGAAAAAUUUGACUUAGAU